AUGCGCGGAGACGGCGAGCGGGACUAUGCGCGGAGACGGCGAGCGGGACUAUGCGCGGAGACGGCGAGCGGGACUAUGCGCGGAGACGGCGAGCGGGACUAUGCGCGGAGACGGCGAGCGGGACUAUGCGCGGAGACGGCGAGCGGGACUAUGCGCGGAGACGGCAUCUCUUCUAUUGGAUCGGACCACACGGGGCGGACUUCCUUUUUCUUCCAGAAGGAACUGAGUCUCCCCCGCAGAGGAAGCUUAAUCUUCUCCCCCCUGACCGCCCUGUGCCGAGGAAGUGAUGCGCAGCAACGCAUGCGUUCCCCUGCAUCCGCUCCGAACCUGCAGCACCUCAAACCCCCGUACAGCGCAGACGGCACCCUGGACGCCUUUUUCAGCAAUCCGGCCAGCCCGUCCUGCGGCAGCCCUUUACACUGGAGAGGUUUCGGGGUGCUGAACAUGGUGCCGGCCCAUCGGGGUUUGGGGUGCUUUGGAUUGCCUGGCAUGCUCCGGCGGUACCAGCGCACGUCUGAGGUUAUAAAUGGGUUUAUACUAAUACCACCCACAGGAUUGAACACGUGUCGUGCGUAUCGGAGGGAAGAAUUGGACGUCUCCAUGCUGCUGAUCUCCUGCAGCCUCUUAGCAGCCACUGUUGAAGCGACCGCAUGCAGUCUCCAUCAGAGGCCGUCCUGCAUGUCUCUGACCGGCGUCCUCCGGGUGUUCCGCGCCGAUUGCCGCUAUCGGGUCAGAGAGGGAGAAAGAUCUUCAUUUUCCACUGCUGAUUACUCGGCCACACGUGAUGAAUGUGAGACACGGGACUUGCGUGUCUUCAGGCCCCCCUAUGACACUGAACACCGCGGAUGGAAUCACAGGAAGACGUAUGUGAUGUCCGGGGUCACGCUACACACGUGUGUCAUGUUCUCAGCGCCUCUUGCGUCACCGGAAGACGUGACUCGGGCCCUUGGGAUCGGCUGUAUAUCCCUCUCUGCUGGUCACCAUGAGAUCCAGACACCACACCAGUAUCAGUACCUAAACCCGGUCCGAUCAUUGCUGGCGGCUGUCCAAUCAGGAGACCGGAGCCGUAUGACUGACCCCCGUCUGCACAAUGUGGCCCCCACUGACCACGAGAUGUCUUCUGCAAAUCGGGAGCGUGCUAUUGGCUGUCGUCAGUCGUGGCUCCUGGGAGGUAACAGCCCUCUGGACAGCCCCAGGAACUUCUCCCCGAGUACUGCUGGCCACUUCUCCUUUGUGCCGGCUCGCAGGACGGAUGGACGCCGCUGGUCCCUGGCAUCUCUGCCCUCAUCAGGAUAUGGAACCAACACUCCCAGUUCCACUGUCUCCUCAUCAUGCUCAUCCCAGGAGAAGCUGCACCAGCUGCCAUAUCAGCCGACGGCAGACGAGCUGCACUUCCUGACCAAACACUUCAGCACCGAGAACAUCACCGAUGAAGAAGGACGACGUUCCCCUGCUAUGCGGCCCCGAUCCAGAAGCCUCAGUCCGGGUCGCCCCCCCAUCUUGUAUGAUGGAGAGAUUGUGAUGAUGAACCAUGUCUACAAGGAAAGGUUCCCCAAGGCCACGGCGCAGAUGGAGGAGCGACUGGCGGAUUUCAUCGGUCACAAUGCGCCGGAGAACGUCCUCCCCCUGGCAGACGGCGUCCUGAGCUUCAUCCAUCAUCAGGUGAUCGAGCUGGCGCGUGAUUGCCUGGCCAAGUCCCGGGACGGACUCAUCACUUCCCGCUACUUCUACGAGCUUCAGGAGAACCUGGAGAAACUGCUGCAAGAUGCUCAUGAGCGCUCUGAAAGCUCCGAAGUGGCCUUCGUCACCCAACUUGUCAAGAAAUUGAUGAUCGUCAUCGCUCGUCCUGCCCGCCUCCUGGAGUGUCUGGAAUUUGACCCGGAAGAAUUCUAUCACCUUUUGGAAGCUGCUGAAGGUCAUGCCAAGGAAGGAGAGGGCAUCAAAUUGGACAUCCCCCGCUACAUCAUCAGCCAGCUGGGGCUCAAUAGGGAUCCCUUGGAGGAAAUGGCCCAACUGAGCAGCUAUGACAGCAGCAACGCGGAUACUCCGGAGACUGACGACUCAGCGGAGGGUCGCAGCACGGCGCCUGUCAUUCAGCCAAAUAAAACUCCCUCCGAGGAAGAGUUUGAGAACAUCAAGCUGAUCAGCAACGGGGCGUACGGGUAGGUUCUCAUAUAUUUUGCAUUAUAAACCCGGCAGCGAUUCGCCAUGAAGAAGAUCAACAAGCAGAAUUUAAUCCUGAGGAACCAGAUCCAGCAGGCCUUUGUGGAGAGGGACAUCCUGACCUUUGCCGAGAACCCCUUUGUGGUCAGCAUGUUCUGCUCCUUCGAGACCAAGCGCCACUUGUGUAUGGUGAUGGAGUAUGUGGAAGGUGAGUGCCAGUCCGACGCUACCCUCCUGAAGAAUAUUGGCGCCCUCCCCGUGGACAUGGCCAGGAUGUAUUUUGCAGAGACGGUUCUCGCGUUGGAAUAUCUCCAUAACUACGGAAUCGUCCACCGAGAUCUGAAGCCCGAUAACCUCCUGAUCACCUCCAUGGGGCACAUCAAGCUGACGGAUUUCGGGCUUUCUAAGAUUGGGCUGAUGAGUCUAACGACCAAUCUGUAUGAGGGACACAUAGAGAAAGACACGCGAGAGUUUUUGGAUAAACAGGUAUGCGGCACCCCAGAAUACAUUGCCCCCGAGGUCAUCCUGAGGCAAGGCUAUGGGAAGCCCGUGGACUGGUGGGCAAUGGGUGUCAUUCUGUUUGAGUUUUUAGUGGGCUGCGUCCCCUUCUUUGGAGACACCCCGGAAGAGCUGUUUGGACAGGUGAUCAGUGGUAAAACUCUGAGAAAAGAAGAGGAGGAGGCUUUGCCAGCUGAUGCCCAGGAUCUCAUCUUCAGACUCCUCCGCCAAAACCCCCUGGAGCGAAUGGGUACAGGUGGAACCUUUGAGGUGAAGCAGCACCGGUUCUUCAAGGAUCUGGACUGGAACGGACUCCUCCGACAGAAAGCCGAGUUCAUUCCGCAGCUGGAAUCGGAGGAUGACACCAGUUACUUUGACACUCGCUCAGAGAAAUAUCAGCAUUUGGACUCGGAGGAGGAGGAUGAUACGAAUGAUGAGGAUCGCUUGGAAAUCAAACAAUUCUCUUCCUGUUCACCCCGAUACAGCAAGGCAUACAGCAGUAUGGAGCGCCUAUCCAUUCAUGAAGAGAAAACUCCGCCCCCUACGAAGCGCAGCCUCAGCGAGGAGAAGGAUGACAAGCUGGAUAACCUGGGGGGGCUGAAGAACAGGGACCGGGGCUGGAUCAUCGGAUCACCAGAAAUCCUCCGGAAGCGUCUCUCUGCCUCGGAGUCAUCCCACACUGAGAGCGAUUCCAGCCCACCGCUGACCGUGCGCCGGCGCUGCGCCACUCUGGCCGAUAUGCCGCGUUUCGCCAUCUCUACUGAAGAGGAGCUCCGCUUGCAGAAGAAACCAGCUCAGCGUGAAAUCUCUUCAACGCCGACUUCCUUCUCCAAAGACGGAGCCGCGCAGCCUGUGGAGCGAGAACUGAAAAUGGAUGAAGAUCUGGGACCGAAUACUCCAUCCUCAACCAUCAGCAACAUCAGCAGCUCCACCACACUGACUGAUCACCACAUGUGCUCUCCUCUGGCCAGUCCCAAGUCCCCUCGCUCUCUGUCCUCCAACCCGUCAUCGCGGGAUUCCUCACCAAGCCGUGACUUUUCUCCUGCCAUCUCCCACCCUAAACCGCCUUUUCUCAUUCACCGUGCGGGGAAGAAGUACGGCUUCACCCUGCGAGCCAUUCGUGUGUACAUGGGGGAGAGCGAUAUCUACACCGUGCACCACAUGGUCUGGCACGUGGAAGAUGACGGUCCGGCGCACGAGGCUGGACUGCGAGAAGGCGAUCUCAUCACUCAUGUGAAUGGGGAAGCGGUUCAUGGAUUGGUCCAUACGGAGGUUGUGGAGCUGGUUCUGAAGAGUGGGAAUAAAGUCUCCAUAUCCACGACUCCCUUUGAGAACACGUCGAUAAAAGUCGGGCCGGCGAGGAAGGCCGCUCACAAGUCUAAAAUGGCUCGCCGCAUAAAGAAGAGUAAAAGCAAGGACGGGCAAGAGAGUAAGAAGAAAAGUUCUCUGUUUCGGAAGAUCACAAAGCAAGCGUCACUUCUGCACACCAGCCGCAGCCUGUCCUCUCUGAACCGCUCGCUGUCCUCGGGGGAGAGUGUUCCCGGAUCUCCCACUCACGUUCUGUCCCCGCGUUCCCCCACCCAGAGCUACCGCACCACGCCAGACUCCGCCCACUCAGUUGGCGGGAACUCUUCCCAGAGCAGCUCUCCGAGCUCCAGCGUUCCCAAUUCCCCGGCCAGCUCCGGACACAUCCGGCCCAGCUCGCUGCAUGGACUUGCGCCAAAGCUUCAACGGCAAUACCGCUCUCCUCGGAGAAAAUCGGCCGGCAAUAUACCGCUGUCCCCCCUGGCACACACGCCGUCGCCCACAUCGCAGUCCACGUCGCCCCAGCGCUCGCCCUCGCCCCUACCGGGACACAGCUUGGGCAACUGCAACCUCAUGCAAUCCUUCCCGGCAAAGCUGCAUUCUUCUCCGCCUCUGGUGCGCCAGAUCUCCCGACCAAAGAGCGCCGAGCCGCCGCGUUCUCCGCUGCUGAAGAGGGUCCAGUCUGCCGAGAAGCUGUCGGGCUCCCUGUCCUCGGAGAAGAAGUUGUCUUCCUCGCGUAAGCACAGCCUGGACAUCUCUCAUUCUGACUUCAAGAAGGAGAUCUUGCAGCGCGACCUCGGCCUGCAGUGCCUGGCGGAGUCCAUGGGCGAGAGCAUCGGGGGGGGGAAGGGGGGGGUAGCGGAGAAGGGGACGCUGCAAAAGCCGUCGUCGCGGAAGCUCGGGGCCAUUCGCCAAGACAGGGCGGAGAGGAGGGAGUCUCUGCAGAAACAGGAGGCCAUUCGAGAGGUGGAUUCCUCGGAGGACGAGACGGACGACGGCUCGGAGGACAGUCAGGAUGGACGGAGGAUGUCGUUCAGGGCGGACCAGGAUUCUGGUUCCGGAUUCAGCGAUGAGAAAGAUUCCUUCCAAAGCCGACGGAAGAGCCGGAGUGACAGCGACUGCUACCUGCCCCAUGUCUCCCGGAGCAGAAGUGACCCAAUAGCCCCCCGUGCCCUGACCAUUGACUCCUCCGGUCACAAGCUGGCGGACUGCAAGUCCAAAACACUCCCAGAGACUUUACUGGUGCCUGCAACGCUAAAGCACAACACGAGCCUGAGCCACGAAGGUCCAGAUGUGCCCACUAAGCCACUCCUUGAACUGAGCCGCCAUGACAGUCCACAGAGGGUGGGAAGGCAGCCCGGCGUUGCCCCCCCCAUAGAACAGACGGAGGUGCCGGUCUGUCCUCAGGCCGGUGUCCCUUCACAGAGGGACACGGUACACUGCCCUGCCGCCCGGUGCCCAGCUGCUAAUGAGCAAUACGUGACAACCGCCAGCGACCCGGAGCUGCCGAGACCCGGAACGCAAUGCACUUUACUAGAUCCCGGCAAGACGGGGACGGGGCCCUGUGACAGACCUGCUGGAAACUCUCCCACUACGUCUGUGGCCACGAGUGUGCUGGGACCAGUGAAACUCAUCGUGCCCGGAGCCAAGGAAGCCGCCCACCAGUCAGGGACGCGGGAGAACGACGACAAGCCCGAGAGGUCCGAGAUUUCAAAGUCCGAGUCUGUUCAGAACAUGAAAGGGCUUUGUGCCGAGGGAGCUUUCCGGACGUGCUCCUCUCUGAACGAGUGCACGGCGGCUGCUAUUGGUCAGCAGGCGGACGGCGAGCGGGCCCCAGAGAGCUCGGAGCCCCACCCCUCCUCCGCCGCCGAGCACCCUGCGGUCCGGUCUCUGUCACUCGGAGGACUGAACCAGAAACUGCAGAGAGAGGAGAGAGCGGACUGUCCACCGUCACAGACAGACAGGAAGUCAUAG